GGCCUUCUGCCUUCAACAUUGUGACUGCCACCGUUGAACUGGUACAUACGAGUCUAUUCAUUCGUUGCAACCUGUUUCAAAGUCAAUCAAAAUCUCGACAUGGAUGCUCUCAGACGAAGGAACCCGUUCAAAUAUUCAUCUGAACCCUCUGAAUCCCAUGACACACACAUACUGGAUGAACAAGAACAAAGUGAACUUAUUGACAACCUUAAGAGUAUGAAUGCAGCAUCGAAUAGCCAAAACCGCAUUGCGUUGCAGAUUACGAUCGCACUGUCUUUUUUACUGCAUGUCGUUUUCAUCUUCUCCGACUACAACAGUCCAUUAGUCAUUGUUUUUCCACCAGCUGGCGGACCAGAGUCUCCACUCUAUCUAAGUCCUGUCCUGACACUCCUCGCGAUCAUCCUCCAUGCAAACGCGGCUCUGCUCACUCACCCCCGAAAUUUGGUUCUUGCUAAACGGCGAAUAAAACCUCUUCCUUAUAGUGUCGCGUUUGGGCUAUCAGCGAUUUCUCCUACAAUUUCGGUCUUGAGCCAGAAAACGUGGCAGACCACUGGAUGGUGGUGUACCGCCGCUUCUGUAAUUUGGAUCGUACAUGCAUCAAAUAAGUGGAUUGUGCAGGGGCAAGAAAGUAUAUCCGAGCUCGAAAGAAUGAAGUAUAUAUCUGCUGGGGCGUAGAAAAUGCAAGUAUACUUGAUGGCAUCGGUUAUUUCUUUGUAGUCCAACUGAUUGUUGAUUUCGCUAGCCCACUGUUUUUCUAGACAUCGUCGAUCAUUCGAGGUGCUAUUACAUGAGGCUAGUUUGACGAUGUAAUACAGUUCGCUGCAACUGCAGCACUUGACGUUAUCUCAAUGACCUCGAGCUGAUUCGAUCCAUGAUACUAUAUCAAUAAAAUAAGCAAAUCGCACUUCUUGAAGAAUGGGAAGAACCUACAAAGUAAAUUCUUUCCGCAUCAA